AUGUCGGCUUCGUACGAAUCGUCGCGAUCCCGCCGAAGAGGCGUCUGGAGCCACUGGGUUCCGCUUGUGGUUACUGUCACUGUUGCGACCGUCGGUGUCGCAGCUUGGGCAUGGAGCCAGCGCAGUAGCGACGAGGAAGAGAGCGAAGUGUCGCCCGCCGGUCUCGAUUACGACAACGCCGACUAUGGCGACAAUCCACCGUAUGGCACCGACAGAAACGCCCGGCCCCCGACUGCCGCCAACCCGUCUUUCUCUCGCGAGGAUGUCAGCUAUGGUGUAGGCGAAGUACACCCCGAAGCAAGCGGUCUCUCAGCAGGCUGGGGGUCCCAGAUGUCCGGCGCGCUACGACGAACCCCGAGCCCCCAACAAUUUCUUACGAACGCCGGCAAGACGGUAGCGGCGAGCGUGGCAGGGGUAGGCGCAGCUGUCGGCAAUGCGCUCGCCGCUAUACGCGAGGAGGACAAGACCGCAUACGCCGAUCACGAGACGUGGUCGGAGGAGGCUGAAGCCAGGAGAGAAAAAUCAUCCUCGUCCGGGCCGAAGGAGUCUGGCAAGCGGCGCAAGACCGUUGCAAUAGUCGUAUCGGCAGACACAAACAUGGAUGACUUUGACGAGGACGGGUUUCAUGAACAUGCGUCUGUCUUGUCCCAUAUACCACGAAAUACCGAUUUCUCGAAAAUCAAGCUCUUUGUUUUAAUCUACUCGCCUGGUCUCAAGGAUCCAGCCCUUGACGUGCCAGCAAGUACCCUACCUCCAGCCUCAUUGAGUUCCUCGUUCUCAAACAUUGGCCAUGACCAGGCGCAGACACCAGGAGAUGAGACAAAGAGUCCACUACUGAUUGUUAACUCGGCCAACUCGGCAUUCAAUGCUGUCUACUCGCAGGCAUUGACGCUAGUUGAGAAAGAGACUAUGGUGCUCCCGUUCACGUCGGCCAACGGUCAUGCGCAUAUCCUGCGUCACCUACAACCCGACGUUGUCUACCUGCAAGAGUCGCUUGCUGGCGAUGACGGGAGCGUGAUCAACCAACUCCAGACGUGGCUCAGGUACGAUGUCAUUUUGGUCGUCGGGGCCGAUGGUGGGCACGGUGGACUUGCCGAUAGCGAGUCCGAAGCAGAGAAGCCAGAAAAGCAGAAGGACCACUGGUGGCAGAAGGAAGAAAGAGUUGGAAGGGGCCGAGGCGUGGUCGUCGUGGAUAGUCUGAGAGUUGGUGAUGAUUGGGCCCGUCGGAUUCAAGGCAAGGAAUGA